AUGUCUUCCACGGUCCCCGACUCCGUCUCCGCGUCGUCGUUCCCCAUCGGGUCCCACGGCCGCGCGAUACCCUCCAUCGGCUUCGGCACCUUCCAGCCCGACGUCAACCCCACCCACGACGUCGCCGACGCCGUGCUCCGGGCCCUCCACGCCGGGUACCGCCACAUCGACACGGCGUGGAUGUACGGCGACGGGGACGCGGAGCGGGGCGUCGGCGAGGCGCUCCGGCGGUGGGGCGGACCUCGGGAGGACGUCUUUAUUGUCACGAAACUGGCGAAUGCGCAUCAUAAACCUGAGGAUGUCUUGCCGGCGCUGGAGCUGAGCCUCAAGAACCUGGGCGUGGAGUACGGCCCCGUCGCAUACGAACGCAUCGGCACCGGCCCAGAUGAGUGGAAGACCGUCCGGCACCCGGACCGCCGCCCCAAGAUGAACAUGGAGGCAACACGGCGCUACACCGCGACGUGGGCCGCCAUGGAAGACCUCAUCCCCACCGGCAAGGUCAAGGAGAUAGGCGUAUCCAAUUUCUCCAUCAAAAAGCUAGAGAAGCUCCUCCGCGGCGCGCGCAUCCCCCCCGUCGUCAACCAAGUUGAGCUUCAUCCAUACCUGCCGCAGGAUGACCUCCUGGCAUACUGCGCCUCGCACAACAUCCACGUAACCGCUUUCUCUCCGCUCGGUGGAAAGCCGGUCGCGGCUGUCGCUGCCAACGCAGACGUCCCCGGCCCGCUGCACUCCGCCGCUGUCACCUCCGUCGCACAGAAACGAGGCAUCACGCCUGCACAGGUUCUCCUGAAAUGGGGCAUCCAACGCGGCACCAGCGUGAUCCCCAAGGCAUACACCCCCUUGCACAUCCUUGACAACAUUGCUGCUGCGAUACUGCCCGAUUUGCCCCGAGAAGACGUAGAGGCCAUCGAUAGAGCACAUGUCGCGACUGGAAGCGUCAGAUACAUCAACCCUGUCAAGCACUGGGGCUUCGACAUCUACAACCCGAGCACUCCGGACCCCAGCGAAGAGCCUUAG